GUGCUAUGGAUGCAAUGACGGUAACAACUAAACUAGGUUUUCAUUAUAUAAAUACUAAUUUAUAGAGAAACACUUGUAACUCAACUCUGAAACCAUUUUGUUCCUUUAUCCCAGAACCUUGACAAGAUUGAAGUUAUGUAUGUUUUGUGUUCUAGGAGGGAGGAACCACAACAUGUUCUCCAGGUCGCUGCAAAUAUGAAGAAACUUCGGUGUAUUGAUUUGGGAUUUUUUCUGGAAAAAACUGAAUUGGUUAUAAUGCCAGAAAGUUUUCCACCAAGGGAGCUUUGUUGUCUAACAUUGGAAGACAUCAAUGCAAAACAACUUUGGGAGGGUUAUAAGGAUGAUCAAACUCGAUGGAUUGAGAAGCCUGAUCAAGACACCUGAUUUUGAUGGGAUUCCAAACCUUGAAAGAUUCAUAGUUGAAGGAUCUUCUUUAUUAGAAGAGAUUCAUCCAUCAUUUGGACGUUUGGAAAAGCUUGUUUGCGUACAUAUACAAAAUUGUGAAAAUCUUAAGAUGGUUCCACCCAUUACCCGGUCGAAGAAACUCAAGACUCUUGUAUUCUCAGCUUGCAGAUCAUUUAAUAAUUUUUUACCUCACAACAUGAACCACACAGGUGUAUGGUUUUUUAGUGGAUGCUUAAGAAAACUGGUUCUCAGCAACUGCAGUCUGACAGAUGGAGACAUUAAUUCGGCUGCUGGUUGGGAAUUACCCAAUUUGCUAGAACUCAAUCUACAAGAAAAUGGAUUUGUUCGGUUGGAUUUUAGUCUCUUGCUACUUCCUCAGCUCAAAUGUCUUGACAUAAGAUACUGCAAAGACCUUGUAGAAUUGUCGGAGCUGCCAUUAAGUAUAGCUGUUGUUUUAGCGGAUGGUUGUUUCUCACUUGAAAGCUUUGGAGAUAUUUCAAACUGUAAAUGGUUGUGGAAAGUCACUCUUACUGGGAACCACAAACUUGGUCCACUUGUUUGUGACAUGUUACUAAACUCCAUGCUCCUGGGAAACGCCAAACAUUACUUUAUCAGUAUCAACCUUUCAGGCAUUGACAUUUGGAGUGGGCCAUCUGUAGUUUGGAUCAACUGGGUGAAGGCUUGUAAUAUGACGCUUCCACAUGACUGGUACAAUCACUUUUCUGGGAUUCUGAUGUUUGUCAGAUCUGAGGACCUUCAUAUGGGCAUUAAUAUAAGUAUAAAGCAAGGCUUAGAUGAAGAUUUUCAAUCUCAGAUUUGGCAGGAGUCUGAUGAAACACCUGAUCCUGAAUAUCAAGAGACAUGUGUAGGAUAUGUUUCGUUUAGUUCAUUGAGGCACACAAGAUGCUUGAAUUCGACAUACAAUAUCAUCUCAUUUUCUUUUGGCACUGAGGAUUUGUAUGGAAAUGGGAAUAGGUUUAGAGCUGUACUCAUUCCUAAAGAUUAUGAUCCGAUGCAAACAACAAAAGUCACAACAGAUUGGUUAGAUUUUUGGGAUGAGGAAGAUGAUUCCAAAAAGACAUUUAGGAUACGACAUGAUUUAAACUCCUCUAUUGAGAUUUUAUGGCGUACUUGGGUCUGA